UAUGACUUGAAAAAUGAAAUUUAAAAAAAUUAAUUUACGGACUUAAAUACCUAUAAUAAUAAUUAUUUUGUAUGUGAGAAGGAAGUCUUUAGAACUGCUUUUGUGAUUAAAAACUGAUAUAUAAUGACCGAAGUGAUUGGAAAUUGGCUUUUGAACUCCGUUCGUUGUAACAUCAAAUGCACUCCAGAAACGUUAGGCAAUGCCUGUUUCGAUGGUAAAAUCUUUGCCCAAAUAUUGGUCACGUAUAACGUUUGCAGUUCUGAUUAUUUGAAAUUGAUCAAUGAAACAGUAAGCAAAAAAGUCGCAUUAUCGAACUUGAAAAAACUAUGUGUCUGGUUCAAGCUUUUAGGAAUUUCCAUCACUGACGAAUUCCUCGAAGAAAUAGUCAAUAAGAAUGGAUCUGCAAGUUUGAGGCUUCUUUACGAGUUGUUUAUUCGUCUUGAAAAUAAUGAAAACCUUAUUUGGAUGGACAGUAAGAAGAUGCAAAGGAUGCUUUCUGAGUCGACUGACAAAUUCCUUGUAACCCCUGUUAAAGACCUGCAUGCUGUACCGGAUACCGUCGAUGAAAAACAAUAUUUACGUGACCUUUUAAACACGAUGAAAGGAGUGAUGGAAAGCUCUGAAAAAAAUAGUUUGAAAAGGUUUCUCGUAAGAGGCAUGAAGCGUCGAGCUGAGAAGGUUAAAAAACAAAUCAUGGCUGACGACUUCCCUCCCUAUAAAUGUUACGACAACAAAACAUCAUUUCCUCACUUCGAUGCUCAAGCAAAAAUUAAAGAAUUCGAAGAUUUGAUGGAAUCUCCUGAAGGCAGGGAAAAUCAGAAACAAAUCUAUAAUUGUGAUCCAGAAGAAUACAUAGAAUACUUAAAAUUGAAAAGGCUUAAAGCAGACGCUGACAAACAACUUAAGCUCAAGUUGGGAAAAUAUUCUAUGGAAGAUGCUUGGAAAAAAAUCUUGAAUAAUCAAGAACUUGAAUUGAAAAAAUUACUUUCUAUAAAACUCUUAAAACAAUCUGAAUAUGAAAAACAAAUGACUUUAAGAUUGAAAAGAAUGAGGCUAAAGUAUCAGAAGUUUAUCGACACCAGAAAUAUGGUAAUGGGUAUGGCGGAAAAACUGGAAGUGGUAAACAAGUUUAGGAGUUCCUUCGUAGCAAUAAAAGACCAAGAAAGGACUCAAAUUGAAAAACAGAGAAUAAAAGAACUACAUCAAAGAUUAUUCGAGGGAAAAAGGAAAUUGAAAAAAUUACUAGAUCUUAAAGCGUGUCGAAAAAUAAUGGAAGACAUAGUGGAUUUCGCCAUGAUUACCCACGACUAUUUUGAAAAAAAUGGAAUGAAAAUGCCAAAAAACAAAACUACAGAGCUGAAGCUUCUAUUUAUGAAAGGAAUUAGGCUUCUUCCUCACGAUUUAAUUCCUAAAAAAGCAGAAGAUAUCGAAGACAAACCAAUAAUUUUGGACGAGGAAAGACUUGAAGAAUUGUCUGAAUAUGACUUUUAUCUUUACAUGUAUUGUAUUGGUCCCUGGUGUCUACAUAAAAGAACAUCUGCGGAAGAAGAUGAACUGCUGAACAUCACCGGAUUCAUAGUUCACCGGCUUCUUGAUCUCAAAUACAAUUUUGGUUUAAGUGUGGGAGAACCAGCUAACCUUCCGAUUUAUAAUUAUAAAAUAUUUUUACAACGUAUAAAUGACACGUUUGCAUUAGAAAAGUUGAAGCAUUAUCUUUCAAAAUUUAAGAUCGAAGUCUUUGAUAUCUCGCAGGUAAUAAAUUACUUUUUAAACUCUUACAGGUCAUAUAUAGGUCAGGAUGCCUUGAAAGAGACAUCUAAAACCGUACAUCCUAAUAAAGUUAGAGCAAACUCAGUACCAACUAUUAAAAAUGAUAAAACUAGGGUUAAACCCUGGUUUGGAGCUGCCGAGAAAGUAAAGGAAAAAACUAAUGCUGACAAGGCUGUCCAAUACCCCAGUGAUGAAAAAUUGACGAAAGAAAAAACGCAGUCUGUUGAAACCGGAAAUUACAUCUACAAUAUUUUGCAAGCGGGUGGGUUAUUACCGGAUGCUUUUCUUUGUUACUUGAUUAUAGAAUAUUUGAAGAAUUUGAAGGAUGUUGAUGGUUGGGUCCUUAUUAAUUUCCCAGAAAACAUCACACAAGUAGGAAUACUUGAGUUUAUGCUGUCUGGUCUGGAAGUUCCUUAUAUGCCAAGAAUAACUCAGAAUAUAAAAAAACUAAUAGAAAGUCAGUUGAACGAAGCUAUGCCAAAAACUGGUAUGACUGGCAUACUGUCCCAAUCUAGUCUAUAUGAAGCUAAAAACGAAGAGUAUGAGUCACAAUUCCCAGACCAUUUCUCAGUUGAAGAACUUUUAGAACUAAAGAGUUCAAAUAUAUUACCAAGGCCUUACCCACCUCCCGAACCUUUGCAAUUUGAGUCAUUUUUCACAAAAGUGGUCAUCAUGCAGCAUGAAGGAGAAAAGAAAGUUGGCAGAAGAUAUUCAAAACUGCUCCAAAAAGUAUCAGCUGAAGGAGAAGAAAUUGUGGAAGAGGAUGUUACAUUAGAAACCUUCUAUGCUUCUCAAGAUAUUAGUUCUACCUUCCCUUAUAAAUAUCUUGACACUACAACUUUAAAAAAACUUCUCACUUUCAUUUUAAAUAUGUCCGCUAGCAAGCAAAAUGAAUACUUAAAGAAUUUAGAGAAAGGCGUUGAUCUCAUGGUAAAACCUGUACGGUCUGAUCAGAAGGUAGGCCUUCCCAAGCCCUUAAAAUUUAAGAGAAAUGCGCUGGAUGAUUGGGUUCUAAAAACAUUCUUAGAAAACGAAGAGGGAUUCUUGGAAGAAAUAGGAGAGGAGGAAGGAAUGGAGGAUGAAAUAAUUAUUUUUCCCGGACACAGAGAUUGGGAAUAUACUGAAUUUGUUAUUCCUGAAUUUUAUGUUGGCGUUCUAGCAACUGUAUGGGAGAGUAUUGAAUAUUUUUACACAUGCAACUUGAAAAAAUGUUUUGCAUUGCUAAGGACGGUUGAAAGAAGAUUGAUGCCAUAUAGAAACUAUGUGAGGAAGAAAGCGGAAGAAUGCUUGAUCCUUGAUGACGAUAGGACCGAAGCUGUAACUAAUUUUCAAUUGAUGUUAAACAAGAUCAACGACCACUACAGGCCUUUGGACAGCAUGAAAAGCGAACUACAUGAUCGCAUUCUUAAGUUACAAUGUGAACUUUGGAAAAUGACAGAUGUUAAAAAGUUUUAUUGCGAACAAGUUUUGCAAUUGAUAUUGAAUCAAAACUGGAUUUCAGGCCACUUGAUGCAUGUACUGCAAGUUUAUUGUUUGAUUCUUCAGGCAGAAACUGACCGCUUUACUGAUACAAUGCAACUAAUAGAUGAUUAUUAUUGCGUCAGCGUUUUAGGAAAACCACAAGAAGAAAGAUUAAUUAAAAUAAUUUUGCCAAGAGUUGGAUUAAAACCGGAUAAAAAGGAAGAAUCUGUUCGCAGGGUUUCUAGGCAUCUUGUGUCUGCAAGUGCGACGAAGAAAGGUAGAGGGGGCACCGAAGACAAGCACAGUAAGAUGACGUUGGAUUUCGAUGCCAGUAAGACUUGCUUGUAUUAUACUGAUUACGAGGCGACAAAGAAUCCUGCCGUUUCACUUCUCAAAGCUCUCAUUGCUAGAUUAACGAAAAAUAUUUUACAAAUGAAGGCAUUUUGUGAAAGCAGGUCUCAUGCCGUUACAGACAAAAGAAAGGAUAUUUCAAAAGCGAAUGACAAAAGUGACAGCAGAACAAGAAUGUCCAAAGAUCUUACACAUACACAGAGGCGUUUGACGAAAGAUUUUCAUGCAGCAUCAGAAACGAAUGUUUUUACAGUGAAUAAGGUUUCACUUGAAUGGACAUUUGCUAUUGAGAAUGAAAGCAAAAGAGCAUUGUACAGGAUUAAUUUGCUUGAAAAAAGGGCAAGCGCUGAUCUAAACGAAGACGUUGACAUAAUCGAUAACACGUUUAAAGAAUUUAAACAGGAUAUCGUAAACCUUUAUCACAAUCAGAUAUUAAAUAUAGACAAACUUUGUGACAUGAUGAGAGCGGCGGUCGAAGAAGAGGUUAAAAUCCAACCUCUCGUCGUUUUAAGAAACGAUGCUCUGGAAAUCGAUACAUCGGUAAUAGUGUACCCAAAUCCCCCUCCUCCGCCACCAUCCUUUUUAGUAGAAGUACCAACUGGUUUUAAAUUCACUAUUUCCCAAUUGACUAACUUAUUUUAUAAGUUGGUUUAUGUAGCGCCUUAUGGAAUUGUUGAACAGACAUUCGCUCUUAUUCUUGAAGAUAUGGCCUCCAUCGGUCACGAAACUGGGCAUAGUUAUUUACCUCAUUAUUGGUCUGACCUCUCAGCUGACAGAAUUAAAGAUAUUGUCCAUAGAUUGUACGGAGAUAAAGUGAUUAUAGAUUGGAGGCUCUUCAUUGUUUUCGGUUUGGACUUGGGCUAUCCAACAUUGGAAGACAUAUUGGAAAUGAAGAAGAGUUUUGAAGUCCUAGAUACGAAUCUUACUGAGACGGUUACCUACGAACAGUAUAGCUGCGUGUUUCUAUGGUUUGAAAGUACAGAAACGAUCAGUAUAAGUCAGGAUUUAUAUAUUGCCAAAGCGAAAGAACUUAUAUUCAAACUAUUCCAAAUCGAUCAAAAUUUGAUGAAUUACACUGAUUUUCUUUUGGCGUUUUGCAGAGAUUACGAUCCGAGGGAAGGUUUUGUCAAAGCUCUGGCUUUAGCUGAAGGUUGUGCAACCGUAUGCUGGAAACAAGACCUGUUCCGUGAAACUUUUCAGAUUGAAAAAGAAAACGAAAAAUAUAACAUAGCUUAUGGCAUCUUGACGAUUGUAAUGGCCGGAGUAUAUCGGAUUGUGGAUAGUGUAAUCAUCACGGAUCUUAAUAAUGAAGAAGAGGGUUUACUGACUCCGAUAUGUUCGAUUUCUUCCCUUCCCUAUAAAAGAUCUACCAGAUCGGCUCUAAAGAAAAGAAAAAGAAGUCUUACCAACACUACUAGUUCCGAAGAACGUUCUCUUAUAGACGAUGAUGGGACUGGGCUUGUUUCCCAAAACCAGUCAGAAGAGGAGGAAUCGGUGCCAUUGCGUUUUGAUCUGGUGGCCCCAAAAAUUUCAUGGAAGUCAGAUGUAUACUUCUCAACAGCCUUUUCACUAUUGAUGUUGGACAUCCACCACUUCGCUUUGUCUAGCGAUCAAAUUUAUGAACCAUUCUGUCUAGAAGAAAAUCUUAGGCGAAUUUUCCACGAGAAGGGGAAAGAUCACUCAAUAAAACUUUUUAGCCUGAUGAGCGACGUAUACAUCCAGAAACUGUUUACGUCAUACAGGUGUUUCCAAGCUUUCAGUUUACCUCAAUUGCUCAUGAAAAUUGCGAAAGAUGAUUGUUCAAGUGUUGUAGACCAGAAUUGAAAUGAUUAUUUAUAAAUAUGCUUGUGUCUAUUUAAUAAAAAU